AUGCUUGUCAUAGACCGCACACCUGCGCUCAUGAUAGAGGGUGCAGCGAGCUCUGGGAAAUCUAAUUCCGAGCAAUCCACACGCUCAGACGUCUCCCGAUGCUCCAGCGCUUAUAGCAAUAUCUCGAGCGACUCGACCGUUUCGACCAUGCAUGAUAUGAUCGACCAGUUCGAGGAAGACGACGUCGACGAACAAAUGGAGGCCAUGGCGCGCGAGCACGCGGGGAUGUCGGGAGACGGAGAAGGCAUGGGUGCAAUGGGAGUUGAUAAUUGA